AUCAUUGUGAUUUUUUUUAUCACUUAUGUCUAUAAAGACACAGGAAAUGUUUGACAAUAUAGUACAGAUUGUUUUAAUUGGUGCCACUGGCUCUGGUAAGAGCUCUUCUGGAAACACCAUAUUGGGAAACAAACUGUUCAAAUCAGAGGCAUCAGCAAAAUCUGUGACAUGCAGGACUGAAAUUGCUACAGAGAUAAUCAAUGGCUACCAGGUUAAAGUGGUGGAUACUCCAGCCUGGGAUUGCACUGCACUUGCUAAACAUGAGAUCACAUCACAAAUGACAAAUGCUCUUCAGUCUUUUGAUGGACCGUAUUCCUUUCUCCUGGUAAUACGUGUUGGUUCUAUGGAAACUGAAGAAGAAAUUAAUCAAAUCUAUGGACUAAAAAGUGUGCUUGGCCCCUCCUUUCUGAAUCAUACCACCAUCCUGUUUUCACGCAGUGAUGACCUAGAGGGGAAAGAUUUUAAUGACUUUAUUACAGAAGGAGGUAAAGAGCUUUGUGAUCUAUUAAAACAGUGUGGUAACAGAUGCCACUGCUGGAACAAUAGAGAUAGCAGAUCUGAUGAGGCAGUGGAAAAACUGCUAAAGGAUUUGAAAAAGACAGAGAUGAUCAACCCAAGUUCCCAAAAUCAAAUGAACAAUGAAAAGGAAAAUCCUGCUAUCUCCAUUAAUGAAGAUCAACAAGAAAAUUCAGUGCCUAAUAGGAAGAGGUCAAGAGAUGCAGGAAACAUAGAAACACCCACAUCUGAAAAUCAAAUUCAAGUUUUAUUUCUUGGAAUGGACAGAGUGGGAAAAACCUCAAGCAUCAAGACCCUUAUUGAGAAAUGUGUACCAAGUAAAAUAGGAGAAGAUGCAUUUUAUACACACACUAGCUCUGGAAUGAGUUUGAAGCUGAUCGAGGCUCCUGGCUUUGAUGAUAGGCUGGAACAAAUUCAGAAAGCCAUCUCCAAAUCUGUGUCUGACUGCUCUCCUGGACCCCAUGUCAUUAUUAUAGUGCUGCGUGUGGGUCGCUUUACUCCAGCAGUUAAAAUGGCAAUGAAACUUUUACAGGAUUGUCUUGGAUCAAAUGCAAAAAGACACACAAUGAUUCUUUUUACUGGAGUGGAUAAUUUGGAGGGAAAACCAAUUGAAGUCUUCAUCGAAGAGAAUCAGGAUCUUCAUGAAUUCGUGAAAAAACAUGAGAACAAAAUUCAUGCGCUCAAUAACAGAGAACCCAGCAAUGAGACCCAAGUGGACGAACUGUUGAAGAAGAUUAAUGACAUUUAUGAACAAAAUAAUAAAGAAUUUUACACAUAUAUGCAAUAUUGUCCAGAUCCAGAUGACUCAACAGGAACAACAUCUGCAACUGGAAGUAGCAACAGCAAUAGAAAUCUGCUUAAACCUUUUCCGAAUGCUGGUAAGUCACAGAGUUCACCUGGGAUGUCUGAGUAGCGAAAACUUAUGAAGUUAUGAAGCUCAUGUUAAAAUGAACAUGGGUACAUUUAAGGUACUCAUGUCCAAAAUUACUUACUUUGAUUACGUGCAGUGAUGAAAGUUGCUCCAUAACAUAUGUAGUAAGAAGAUUAAUAGCACUUCAUUCUGUAAUUGUUUAAACAAAUACUUUGUAAAAACACCUAACUCUUCUAAAUUCCCAGACCAAUGAUAUUUAGCCAGCAUCAGCUUACUCCUUUAAGUGUGUGUGUAAAAUGUACUGUUUUUAUUAUUUU